UCUGGUCGCAGUAGUACGCGCUGCUCAACCAGAUAAGGCCCGCCAAAAUAAUCUCGAUAUUAAAAAAACAGGUCGACAACCUGCAAAUUAUUGCGCGUGUUAGAAACAUAAAAAGAUAGAAACAUAAAUUCAAAAUGAGCUGCGCAACGAGCACUGUAAAAUACUCGUUAUUCUUCUCGAAUACAAUAUGGCUGAUAAUAGGAAUCCUAGUGAUCGUUUUCGGAGCCCUUAGCUUCGGAGCGGUGGAGGAGGGGUAUGCUAUCGGCAUCCUGGUCGUGGGUGUCGUUAUAAUUUUGACAUCCCUGUUUGGCUACUAUGGAGCCGUUCGCGAAGCACCGCGCAUGCUCUGGAUGUACGUGUCGCUGCUGCUGACUUUGCUGGUAGGAAUAUUGAUCUUCAUCAUCCUCCAUCCCAAAGAUAUAUUCAAGAACUACGCUAUCCAAGAAGUCAAGGAUCAUUGGAAACUUGAGGAGACUCAUCCAGGUAGCAUGGAUACUAUUCAGACAUCUUACCAAUGCUGUGGCCUAGAUGGUGCCGCGGACUACCUGAAUAGCGAAGUCUGGAACCACACCGUACCCAACAGUUGCUGCAAGAAUAAUAGCUGUGUGAAUCCCCUGAACCUCAAUCGGGAGGGAUGUCUCAGGAAUGUGGAACUUUCUUUUGGGGAUGAGAGCUCGAUAGUAAGGUAUAUGGAGUGGGGACUGUUCGGAUUUAAUAUUGUCAUGCUCGUGCUGGGCGCAAUUUUGGCCAUUCACUACACGAAUAGCCAGAGACGUUUCAACUAUUAGCGACACAUUACCACUUCACAAAACCAUUUUCUUAACCCCUAAACACAAGUGAUAUAGUGUUUACGUUGAAAGUUUAUCAAGCACUGGAAAAUGCUUUAACUUGAAUUGAUGUUCUCGAGAAGUCUUGACGAGUUUACUAUUUAAAAAAUGUACAAAGUCUUUUUCCACAAAAAUUAAAUAUUAACAAAUACCAA